AGGUCCCAGGAGCUCCACCUGCGCCCCGAGUCGCACUCCUACCUGCCCGAGCUGGGCAAGUCGGAGAUGGAGUUCACGGACAGCAAGCGCCCCCGCCUGGAGCUGCUGCCCGACUCCCUGCUGCGGCCCGCACCCCUGCUGGCCGCCAGCCAGCCCGGCGGCUCCGAGGACCUGGCCAAGGAGCGCAGCCUGGCGGGCAAGCUGGAGCCGGUGUCCCCUCCCAGCCCCCCGCACGCCGACCCCGAGCUGGAGCUGGUGCCGCCGCGGCUGUCCAAGGAGGAGCUGAUCCAGAGCAUGGACCGCGUGGACCGCGAGAUCACCAUGGUGGAGCAGCAGAUCUCCAAGCUGAAGAAGAAGCAGCAACAGCUGGAGGAGGAGGCCGCCAAGCCGCCCGAGCCCGAGAAGCCCGUGUCGCCGCCGCCCAUCGAGUCGAAGCAUCGCAGCCUCGUGCAGAUCAUCUACGACGAGAACCGG